UUUAGUUUUCUCAGUUCUCUCAAGGAUUCAAUAUGGCUAAUGUCAGAGACAGCGAUACUUCCUUGUGGCUUCACAACAAACUGGGAACUUCAAAUGAUUCUUGGACGGGCGGUUCGAUUUGUUCACAGUUAAAUGCUGAAGUGUUAAGAAACAUUAAGGACUGUUUCCCUGAUCUCCAGACUCAAGUAAAACUCAAACUGUUGUUGUCGUUUUUCCACAUACCACGAAGAAACAUUGAGGAGUGGCGUGUUGAAAUGGAAGAAAUUCUUGAGGUAGCUAUGGUAGACAGUGAGCAGUGGGUGUCAAUGCUAGCUGAAAUGAUGAGGACAAUACCCAGUGCUGGCUGUUUUAAUGAUGAAAUUAGUGAAAACGAAGAAAAUCGUCGCAUAUUUUCGGAUCUAGUUAAUGAUCUGCGGAAAUUAGUGAGGAAAAAUGUGGACCUUGGAAUGCUGCCGCUGGAGUGCCACUACUUGAACAAGUCAGCUUUAAUCAGUGUGGUGGGACAGCAGCCCGUUCUUCCGAAGCACUUUACGUUAAAACGAAAGCCUAAGUCUGCAGCUCUGAGGGCAGAACUGCUGCAGAAGUCGGCUGAUGCCAUGAGCAACAUGAAGAAGAGCACAGCCCCCACUGUACCUGUCAGGUCUCGAGGGAUGCCUAGGAAAAUGACUGACACCACCCCAUUAAAGGGUAUCCCCAGUCGAGUGCCGACGGGUGGGUUCAGAUCACCUUCACUCAACAACCCUCUUCUCUCAAGACCCUCUCUGUCUCGCACACCUGCAGGCCGCAAAGACGGAGGAAUAAAGCUACUGGACAUCAAUGAGCAGCCUCUGGGCUACGCUCAGGCAAAGAAGAGGAAACGAAUGCAAGAACUGGAGGAGGCUAAACGAGCUGCAGAGGCGGCUCAGGCAGCUACCCCCACCACCACUGGAGGAACACCGGACUACGCUGCGGGGCUCACAGCUCUCAACCCAGCGACACCUCAGCCUGUCUACACUCCUACCACUGCACCUGGUACAACAGCCGCUGGGCUCAAGACUGAUCCUUCCAACAACCAGGUUGCCGAGACUGUCACUGUACCAGCCUCCCCAGCUCCUCCCGUGGUCCAUACGACAACAACGACUGUGCCAGUGGUCCAGCUACGGCAGCCCCAACAACACACUAUUGUAGCCAAAAUACCAGCUUCCACAAACAAACCCAGCCUCUCUCUGACGAGAGAGCACAUGCUCGAAGCUCAAGACAUGUUUAGGACUUCCAACAAAGUUACAAGGCCAGAAAAAGCCCUCAUCUUGGGUUUUAUGGCUGGAUCUAGAGACAACCCGUGCCCACAGUUGGGUAAUAUAGUUACCAUAAAACUGAGUGAGAACCAAGAGAACGUGAAGCAGCCUGAUGACACGUACCUCACCAUGUUGGUGGAGACUCACUUCCAGAUGAACUACAACACUGGGGAGUGGAAGAGGAUACAGAAGUACCGGGAGUUGGACAUCCCUACACAGACAGCUACCACCGUCGCCACCACCCCUACGGCUGCGGCCACACCCACCACAUAACAGAGCGCCUCGCUCAGGUUAUCCAAGUCUGCCUAGUAAAGUGUUCCUAAGAGGAUUAUCUACCUUAACAAUUGGUAGAUGUAGAAAUUGUUUGCUGAGUACUUCCAUGUAGACUUCAGUUUCCCUUGUUAAAACCUGUAAAUUUUAUGUUUUUAUUUAGUCAAGUGAUAAGUUUUAGUAUUCAUGUUUGCCAAAAGUUUGGUUGUAUUUCUUGUCAAGACUAUGAAUAAUUACUUUUAUACAAUCGAUAUACAUUUUUUAAUGAAUUUAUAAGGCAGUCACACAUGAAAUACAGAUGCAAGAAUCGUUGUGAAUAGUCUUCAUGUAGAUUUGAGAUAUUGUUUAUUUUAUAUAGAUUUUUACGUCAUUACUUUUGGUUCAAAGAACAAUAAAUCAUAGAUUUAAAUUUUUUUAAGUUCUCUUUGUAACUCACUUGGGUGAAGGGUCUUUCAACUGAAUUAAAAGUUGUCACAUUAUGUUGUACCUAUAAAUUAAUUCUAACUCUAUGAUCUUGAUCUUAUUAUUUUGUGAUACACCGUCCUUAUUUUUUAUGUGAAUAUUGAGUGAUGAUAAACUUGUUACAUGCAUAUUAAAAACGGUGGUAAAGUGUUUUCAUAAAAUAUCAUACACUUUAAAAUAAAAUACCUUAUGAAAUACCUCGGUAUUUAUUUUAUCGAUGAACAAUGGAUGCCUGACAUUCAGUUGAAAAGGAAUCGUCCUAGUUUACUUCAUUGUUUUUAUAGAAUCAGCUUGAGUUAGGCCCAGCGCACACGGUGUGACUGUUUUACAACAACUGUUGCAAACCAGUUGCAUCUGGAACCAGUUUGCAACUGAAACAAAACUUCUGUCCGCACACGGUGUGACUGUUUUACAACUACAGUUGCGUCUAUUGUGCAAUCAGUGGAGUGCAAAUUUAGUGCAGUUACGUUGUUUAAGGCCUUAAGUGCGCUUACUACAUCGGACUCAGACGAAGAAGACGUUAUUAGCUAUUAUCAAUACCGAAGACAGCGAAGGGUACUGAGAGAGCAUUGGGUUCACCCUUAUUUGAGCAAGAAUGUUAGUACUAGGCUGUUUGUAGCAGCUAGAGCUAUUCGGAUAGGAAAUUAUAAACACUAAAAACACUAUACGGCCGUCAAAAUUCCACCAAAAUACCCCCAAACACCACAAAAACACCCCGUGGUCUCGUGCAACUGAAGUCUGCAACGCAACUGCAACGUCGGGCCCACGGUUGUAUGUGACUGGUUUCAAACUUUUUUUGAAAUCGCAUACAACCAGUUGCGUCGUGUGCGCCUCCCCAUUGCAAUACAUUACCAAAGUUGUAAAACAGUCACACUGUGUGCGCUGGGCCUUACAUGUUUGGUCGUAAUGAAUUAAUGUGGUUAAAUUAUAAUUUAAUGUGUUACUUAAAAAUACUUACCACAGAUAGAAUUUUGAUUUUGACUGACCUAGAAAUAACAGUGCCGUUUUAUGGUACUGCUUGGACAAAAUGUGGUAGGCUUUAUCCCACCAAUUGGUAAAAUAUCUGAUGUUAUCUCAAAGGGUAAGUUGUAAUUACUUAGUUAUAAAGCCUUCACAACUUUUGAUGUAAGUUAUAUGGGUUUCAAUUAUCGUGUCCUAAAAAAACAGUAAAGGCACUUGUAUGUGUCAUUUUUAGGAAUAACACACUAAUGAACUUGAGCCAAAUAGUUAGCAUUUAUAUAAACAUUUCUCCAUUGUCUCUUGUAUUUGUUGGUGAAAAUUACGUAUAUACAACCUUUUAGGUAUUUUUGAACAAGUAGUUUGAUAAACAUGAAUUAGCAAUAUACUGGUCUUAAUUUAAAUUUGCAAUAAAUACAAAGGAGUGAGUAGCUUAAUUUUUGAGCCGAGCUUUAAGAGCUCAAGAGAUCAAGCAUUAAGUCAAGAAGUAAUUCCGAGCCCAGCUGUUAUUUUGUGAUUGAAACCUCAAUGAAGUUUGGGUGAUUUCUUUCAUCUCAGUUCCUCGUUUCAUUAAAUUCUUCUGUACUUAAAAAUGAUAUGUAACCGUACAUCAUAAUUGCAAUUUGUAAAAGAAUUGUGACAAAUUAUCUUUUAUAUGGCAUUAAGACAUUAUACACAAACGCUCGGCUCGGAAACAGCUUAGCCUGAUCAUAAGUCUCAGGCUCACACAUCCCUAACACAAACUAAAACCACUCUUAUUGUUCUUCAUUCACUUUCUUCAGUAAAGUCUGAAUAACUAAUACCAGAAACUAUAGAAGAAAUACAUAACAAUAGCAGUAAUAGUUUAAAAUACUUCACCACAAAAUCAUUGUAAUGCACUUCAUUAUCGUACUAGGUAAAAAUUUGUUUUGACAAGUUAAUUAAGCAUUUUAACAGUAAAUGAUAAAAUUAUUAAUUUGACCAUGUAUUAGGCCUUUUAUUGUAACUUGACGAAUAUUUUAUUUCCAUCCAUAUUAUCUCCGAUCAAUUAGGAUAUCAUAUAAACUUUUGUGAGAAACAAUAAUAUUGUAAGAUUUUUGUUAGUAAAGAUUUAUUCUAAAGAUGCUUAGGAUAAA